CAAGAGAGGGGUGGGGAGAAGUGAGUUGUGGGAUGCGGCAGGAGAGACAGAGAGAGAUACACAGAGUGAAACAACAGCGAGAGAAGCGGGAAGGAAACAAGAGAGCAAUCAGAAAUAACAUUUUACUGUUAAUUUAGUGGCUGACACUCGGGUUUGUUCCGACAGUAAGGAGGAUAUUCAGAAGGAAAAGUUUAAGAUCCCACGAAGCAGCGUGUGGGAGUGGGGAAGCAGGAUCGUGACUGACUGAAGCUCCACUGUCUGUCUCGUCAUGGCAGGACCUGGAGGUGACAUGCAGUGGUGCUUCUCUCAGGUGAAAGGAGCCAUUGAUGAUGAUGUAGCUGAAGCUGACAUCAUUUCCACAGUUGAGUUUAACCACACAGGGGAGCUGCUAGCCACAGGAGACAAGGGUGGGCGCGUAGUCAUUUUCCAGCAGGAAAUCGAGAAUAAGAGUCAGCCCCAGUUCAGGAGUGAAUACAACGUUUAUAGCACUUUCCAGAGCCAUGAGCCCGAGUUUGACUACCUGAAGAGUUUGGAAAUAGAAGAAAAGAUUAACAAGAUUCGCUGGCUCCCUCAGAAAAAUGCUGCCCAGUUCCUGUUGUCAACUAAUGAUAAGACAAUCAAGCUGUGGAAAAUCAGUGAACGGGACAAAAGACCAGAGGGAUAUAAUCUGAAGGAGGAGGAUGGACGCUACAAAGAUCCCAACACUAUCAUGUCACUGCGGGUACCAGUCUUAAUACCGAUGGACCUCAUGGUGGAAGCCAGUCCAAGGAGGGUGUUUGCCAACGCGCAUACCUACCACAUCAACUCUAUCUCAGUCAACAGUGACAAUGAGACCUACCUGUCUGCUGAUGACCUCCGCAUCAACCUUUGGCACCUCGAGAUCACUGACCGCAGCUUCAAUAUCGUUGACAUUAAACCCGCCAACAUGGAGGAGCUAACGGAGGUGAUCACUGCAGCAGAGUUUCAUCCUCAUCAGUGUAACACGUUUGUGUACAGCAGCAGCAAAGGAACCAUCCGUCUGUGUGACAUGAGGGCUUCGGCACUGUGUGAUAAGCACUCCAAAUUAUUUGAGGAGCCAGAAGACCCCAGUAAUCGCUCGUUCUUCUCCGAGAUCAUAUCCUCAAUCUCCGAUGUUAAAUUUAGCCACAAUGGACGCUAUAUGAUGACCAGAGACUACUUGUCUGUGAAGAUUUGGGAUCUUAACAUGGAGAACAGGCCAGUGGAGACUUACCAGGUUCAUGAGUACCUGAGGAGCAAGCUGUGCUCGCUCUAUGAGAACGAUUGCAUCUUCGACAAGUUUGAAUGCUGCUGGAAUGGCAAUGACAGUGUGGUGAUGACUGGCUCAUACAACAACUUUUUCCGGAUGUUCGACCGUGGCCAGAGGCGGGAUGUUACCCUGGAGGCGUCCCGUGAAAACAGCAAACCAAUGCAGGUCCUAAAGCCCCGCAAAGUGUGUGCGGGAGGAAAACGCAAGAAGGAUGAAAUCAGCGUGGACAGUUUGGACUUCAACAAGAAGAUCCUUCACACGGCCUGGCAUCCCCAGGACAACAUCAUCGCUGUGGCGACAACCAACAACCUCUACAUAUUCCAGGAUAAAGUGAACUAAUUAUAGGGUGAGCUUCCGUGAGAUCUGGCGUGGGUGACCUUGUGUACCACCUGCAGCCUUUCAGGCUCAUCCAGGGUGAUCUGUGGUAACCACGACAACCAGCAUCCCCUGUCCGUCGCUACUGGGUGACCAAACUUUGCCACUUUGUUCUAGAUGUGGACAGAGGAAGUCUUACUCUUGCCCAUCAUCAGCCUGUUUGUGGCAGAGAAACACCCGCCUUGUUGUUUAAGUGAUAUUGUGCCAAUUUUUUUUCCCCCACACUUUUUUUAGUUUUAUUUUGUUCUUUUGCAAGGCCACCUGCCCUUUUCUUCCCUCUUGGGUAACUUUGGUAAAGCAGUUUAAUUUCCUUGAAAUUCUGAAUACAGACACACUUAUUUUUAUACCCCCCCUCCAUUGGCUCUGUGGUAGUAAGUGAACAACACUUAUUUAGCAUGUCCCUUUAUUGUCCUGUGCCAUUCUAGUGUUUAUUUUUCUAAGAAAAUCAUUUUUGUGUGUACACCUUUUAUUAAUUCAUCUGUCAUACUGUUAUAGUAUUCUUUGAGUCGCUUCACAUGUCUCCCCUCUUUAAUUAAACAAUGCAGACUAAACGGUCACAAAUGUAUGCUCACAGUUUUCUUUACACACUCACUGCUUAUACUGGACUGCGACACAUCAGCGUUUCCCUCCAAGAGUUGGGAGAAUUAGGGUUUUCUUUCACAGAAUAAAAAAGCUCAGCACAGUGAGGAGUUAUUUGACUCACUGUUGCUGUGCUUGAUGCUCUGAAAGGUCAAAAGGUCCAGACUCCAGAAUAGAUACUUUUUUCUUUUUCAUCUUUUGUGCGUUGGUUCCUCUUCCUCCUUUUCUUUGUGUUCCACAUUAGACGGGUUAAAGGGAUAGCCUAUUCAAAUCUAAUUAUUAUGAUUGUCAUAUUUGUAGUAAAAAAAAGAUAAAAUGUCAUCAGAUUUGUUCCGUCCUAAUUUUGUGAAAUGAAGCUGGACCUUAGACAUAACAUUUUUGUGCCGCUUUAAGUAUCGUCUUCCCAUGGUGUACCACAGCUCUGAAAAAGCACUUCACAACAGGGGAAAAAAAACCUUUGAUCUGACACUGGACUCUUACUGCACCAACUAAAGUACUUGGAUGUGUUGAAAGGCUGCAACUUAAAAAGAAAACAUUAUUUGAGGCAUUAAGUCACUUAAAGUGUUUGUUGAAACUACUGCAGACAUUAUAAAUGCUACUGUAUGUGAUGGUACCAUAAGCUGCACAAGGAUUUGCAGCAGUUGAUGUUUCCACACCGUAUUUAAAACGUGGUCCGUUAAGACUAUUGAUGCCUCUAGUAAUGUAUAACUACAAUUUUAAUCUAUGACAGUGAAGAUAAUAAAGGAACUACUUUUUU